UCUUGAGGGAUUUCUCUUUGGUCUCCGUCUUAUUCCAAGCACUCACCGUUCCCCUCCCCCCCAUUCUCCUCACGCUGUUGUGAAGGCGCGUCUCCGAACAAAGUGCCAGGGCUGAGGCGGCAGCGGCUUGAACGGAGAAAAGCCCCGUGACAGGUCAGCACCCGGUGGCAGGAUUCUAAUCAUGUCUGACAAAAGUGAGCUGAAGGCAGAGUUGGAGCGUAAGAAACAACGCUUGGCUCAAAUUAGAGAGGAGAAGAAGAGAAAAGAGGAAGAAAGAAAGAAAAAGGAAACUGAUCAGAAGAAAGAAGCUCUUCCUGUACAAGAUGAGUCUGACCUUGAAAAGAAGAGGCGGGAAGCUGAAGCAUUGCUUCAAAGUAUGGGUUUAACACCAGAAGCUCCUAUGGUCCCCCCUCCUAUGUCUCCAUCGUCAAAAUCUGUGAGCACACCAAGUGAAGCUGGGAGCCAGGAUUCCGGUGAUGGUGCUGUUGGUUCUAGGACGCUGCAUUGGGAUACUGAUCCAUCAGUUCUACAGCUUCACUCUGAUUCCGAUCUGGGACGUGGACCCAUUAAGCUUGCAAUGUCCAAAAUUACGCAGGUUGACUUUCCUCCUCGAGAAAUGGUCACAUACACGAAGGAAACCCAAACACCAGUUAUGACUCAGCCAAAGGAAGAUGAAGAAGAUGAGGAUGAUGUAGUAGUACAAAAACCACCAGUUGAACCUGAGGAAGAAAAAACUUUGAAAAAAGAGGAGGAGGAGGAAGUUGCCCCUCAUGAACUGACGGAAGAAGAAAAGCAACAAAUCUUGCAUUCUGAAGAAUUUUUGAGCUUCUUUGACCAUUCUACAAGGAUUGUAGAAAGAGCUCUUUCUGAGCAAAUUAACAUUUUCUUUGACUACAGUGGACGAGACUUGGAAGACAAAGAAGGAGAAAUUCAGGCAGGUGCUAAACUGUCCUUAAACAGGCAGUUUUUUGAUGAGCGUUGGUCAAAGCAUCGUGUUGUUACCUGCUUGGACUGGUCAUCUCAGUACCCAGAGUUACUAGUAGCUUCCUAUAACAACAAUGAAGAUGCCCCCCAUGAGCCUGAUGGGGUGGCCCUUGUGUGGAAUAUGAAAUACAAAAAAACAACUCCAGAGUAUGUCUUUCACUGCCAGUCAGCUGUAAUGUCUGCUACAUUUGCAAAAUUUCAUCCAAAUUUGGUGGUUGGUGGCACAUAUUCAGGACAAAUUGUGCUGUGGGAUAACCGCAGCAAUAAGCGAACCCCAGUUCAGAGAACUCCCCUUUCAGCUGCUGCUCAUACGCAUCCUGUAUACUGUGUGAAUGUGGUGGGGACACAGAAUGCCCAUAACCUUAUCAGCAUCUCGACUGAUGGAAAGAUCUGUUCAUGGAGUCUGGAUAUGCUUUCACAGCCACAGGAUAGCAUGGAGCUAGUUCAUAAGCAAUCCAAGGCUGUAGCUGUCACUUGUAUGUCUUUCCCUGUUGGAGAUGUCAACAACUUUGUCGUUGGAAGUGAGGAAGGCUCUGUGUACACAGCAUGUCGCCAUGGCAGCAAAGCUGGAAUCAGUGAGAUGUUUGAAGGUCACCAAGGACCAAUCACAGGUAUUCAUUGCCAUGCAGCAGUUGGACCUGUAGACUUUUCCCAUCUCUUUGUCACUUCUUCUUUUGACUGGACUGUAAAGCUUUGGACGACCAAGAACAACAAGCCUCUCUAUUCAUUUGAAGACAACUCAGGCUAUGUUUAUGAUGUGAUGUGGUCACCCACUCACCCUGCUCUCUUUGCUUGUGUGGAUGGAAUGGGAAGGCUUGACCUAUGGAAUCUCAACAAUGAUACUGAGGUGCCAACAGCGAGCAUUACAGUGGAAGGUAAUCCUGCCCUUAAUCAUGUAAGAUGGACAAAUUCAGGCCGAGAAAUUGCUGUUGGAGAUUCAGAAGGACAAAUAGUAAUUUAUGAUGUUGGCGAGCAAAUUGCUGUUCCCCGAAAUGAUGAAUGGACACGGUUUGGUCGGACAUUAGCAGAAAUUAAUGCAAACAGAGCUGAUGCUGAAGAGGAAGCAGCAACCCGAAUUCCUUCUUAAGUCUUUCAGAUACUAUUGAAUUUAGGAUGGGUUAAAAGUCCAACUUUCAGUGGCAUAUAACUAUUUCUGAACAAUUAAGUUAUGUAUGUUUCUAAAUAAGAGCCUUCCCUAAUUAAACUGAUGGGCUAUGCUGAGGUGGGAAAACGUUAUGAACCUGCUUAAAAGUUAAGCAUGUAUCUGUUCACAGUAACCUUUAUCCUAGUUAUUAUAUAAUAGGCUGCAGGCUACAGUGGUUGGACAUGUAUAUGAUUAAAAAUAAUAUGUAACACUUUUUUUUAGUAAUGGAAACUUUCUAAAAUACCUACUGAAUACUUUGGAUUUUUUUGUUAAAUUUGUGCAGUAUAGUAAGAUUUCUUUAUAAAUAAACAGUACAUGACCCUUUUCUCACAA